AUAGGAAAGCUGGAACACCAAGACCAUNUCUCCGUCGUACCUUUCGCCGUUUGUCUCACGGCGGUUUUCUUCCUCCGUGAAAUACCUCCGGCUAGUACCUCCGCAGAGGACAACGAAGAGUCUAAAUACUUCGCCGUGUUUAACAUCGUCGCUGUUGUUGUUGCUGUGUACCUUCAGUCUUACGAUAUCUUGGGAAUCAAAACCGGAGUUGUCGCUAUUGCAUUCGCCUCGGUUCUUCUCAUCCUCUUAGCUUCUCCUAUCGCCGUCCCUUUCCACGCUUAUAUCCGUAGCAAAGAUAAAGAUGAACAAGACGUAGAAGGACGAGUCGAUGAACCGUUACUGAGAUCAGGAUCCGAGAUUGUAGUGGAGGAAACUCUCGUAGGUGCCGCAGCGGCGGCGGAUAACGAGUUGCCACCGUCUCUUAAGCCGUUAAAAGAUGAGGAGGAAGAGAAUCAUGGAAACGUGGUGACGACUGAGAAGAAAAGACCGGUUCUUGGAGAAGAACACACCAUCAUGGAAGCCAUGUUGAGUGUUGACUUUUGGGUUUUGUUUGUGUCCUUCUUGUGUGGAGUAGGUACUGGUUUAGCAGUGAUGAACAAUAUGGGUCAGAUCGGGCUUGCGCUUGGUUACACGGAUGUUUCCAAGUUUGUCUCCAUGAUUAGUAUUUGGGGAUUCUUUGGUCGGAUUCUCUCCGGUACCAUCUCCGAGCACUUCAUCAAGAAAGCUGGAACACCAAGACCAUUAUGGAAUGCAGCAGCUCAGAUUAUCAUGGCCGUAGGAUAUUUACUGAUGGCUUUAGCAAUGCCCGGUUCACUCUACAUCGGUUCAAUGGUGGUUGGGGUUUGUUACGGAGUCCGGUUAGCCAUAACCGUGCCAACAGCCUCAGAACUCUUCGGUCUCAAAUACUAUGGACUCAUCUACAACAUCCUUAUACUCAAUAUGCCUCUAGGAUCGUUCCUGUUCUCGGGUCUACUCGCUGGUUUACUCUACGAUGCUGAAGCCACACCGACUCCUGGUGGAGGCAACACGUGUGUAGGAGCUCAUUGUUUCCGUAUGGUCUUCCUUGUAAUGGCGUUUGCUUCCAUUAUUGGGAUCGGUCUUGACCUUUUGCUUGCGUAUAGAACGAAGGAGAUCUAUGCCAAGAUUCAUGCAAGCAAGAAGGCUAAGAAAUCUAGUGGUAAUCUCCGAUGAGAGUUUUAAGCUGAAACCGGAUUUGCUUUUGGUUAUAAUCAUUUUUUUUUUUUUGGGAGGGGGAUGUUAGUUCUAUAGUACGGUGUAAAUUUUGUUUUGUGAAAGCUUUUAAUGUUCAGUAUAAUUAGAAGCGGUGAUUGUACAUUUGUACACUUAUGCUUAAGAAGUGUUUGAAGCAGUUGUUUGGUGUAAGUUCAGAUAAUGGGGAUCUAUACUUAAUGUUGCUCAUUUAUUGGAGAGUUGCAUAUUCUCAUUCUCA